CGCGGAGCAGCAGCCCGGGCGCGGAGCGGGCGGGAAGGACGGUGGGGCGUUGUUGGCGGUGCUGGAGGGGCGGGAUGGCGCUGUCGCAGCAGUGCGAGGCCGCGUUCGGUACCGCGGACCUGUACGGCGUGCUGGGCGUGCGGCGCGGCGCGUCCGAGCAGGACAUCCGCCGCGGCUACCACCGCGCCUCGCUGCGCCUGCACCCCGACCGCGUCCCGGCCGAGCAGAAGGAGGAGGCCACCCGCCGCUUCCAGAUCCUGGGCAAGGUGUACGCCGUGCUGAGCGAUGAGAAGCAGCGCGCAGUGUACGAUGAGACGGGCAUGGUGGAUGAGGAUGCCGAGGCGCUGCAGGACGGGCGGGACUGGCUGGAGUAUUGGCAGCUGCUAUUCAAGGUCACCGUGAAAGACAUCGAAGAGUUCAAGAGUAGCUACAAAAACUCGGAGGAAGAGCUGGCUGAUGUGAAGGCAGCGUACAUGAAUUUCAAGGGUGACAUGGAUCGGAUCAUGGAGUCUGUGCUGUGCGUGGACUACACGGAUGAGCCCAGGAUACGGGAGAUGAUCGAGGGAGCCAUCGACUCCGGGGAGGUGCCAUCCUACAAGGCUUUUGUAAAGGAGUCAAAGCAGAAGAUGAUGUCCAGAAGAAAGCGGGCAGAAAAAGAAGCUAAAGAGGCAAAAAAGACUAUAGAUGAGCUGGGCCUUAGUGAAGAAAAUGACCUGCAAGCACUGAUUAAAAGCCGAAGCAAAGAUCGAGAAAAGAAAAUGGAUAACUUCUUAGCCCAGCUGGAAGCAAAGUAUGGCAGCACUGCUAAGAAAGGAGGAAAGAAGACCUCAGGCAAGAAAAGAAAGGCAGAAGGAACAGCGUAGACUGAAAUCCCAGGUUUCACUUUGUGUGGAAAAGUGGAUUUGGGAGAAUUUUGGGUGUUUUCUGGGCCCCUGUUUCAGACUGUGUGCAUUGACUGGCUGUAAGUGGGAGGCAUGACAUGGAAUCCAUGCUGAACAAAGAAGACAAGGCAUUCCUGUUGUCUCCAACCCUUUGGGUGCUCUACAGUUGAGAUCCAUGUGUGCUAUUCACACAUUUCUUCUGUAACAAACCUCCUGCUAUUUUUUAAGGUCUUUGCACAUCAGCUCAACAGGUCUUUUUCAGAUAUUCCAGUAGUUUUUAUAAAGAUAGUUUGGAAAAUUGCUGAUUUAAUAAACAAGAAGGUGGGGGUUUUUUUCAGAGUUUUGCUUUCUCAGUUCUCUGUAUGUUUUCUAAAUAAGUUAUUUAAAACAA